AUGCCUUAAAACUUAAUGAAUAUGUCCACUUUGAAGUAGUAAAGGUUUCAAUUCAGGAACACAUGCUUGUGACAACAAAAGUGAACUGGAAAAAAAACAUUUUACCACACUUUCUUGAUACUAUUUUCUCAAGAGAUGACAGCAAGGCAAUGGAAAGGAGGAUGAGGGAUACCCCACCAGUAAGAUGGACUGUGAUUGUUCUGACCUGCCAGUACAAGGACAGUGUGCAUGUAUUUCAGCAGGAGCUUGUUUUCCGGCAGAAACGAGGAUGGAUCUCUUCAGAGACCCUUCUGCUUACUGUAGCAGACCCACAGGCAGCUUUGGGAAGUGGGGGAGCCACACUGAAUGCUCUUUUGGUUGCAGCAGAGCACCUCAGUGCCAGACAUGGAUAUACUGUAAUAAGUUCUGAUGCUCUUAAAGGUGCUAGGAUCCUCAUUCUUCACAUGGGUCGAGAUUUCCCAUUUGACAACUGUGGCAGAGCUUUUUCUUGGUUGCCUACUGAAACUCCACCUGAAUUUGUAGACGAACCUGCAGAGGGUCCAGUCUGUAACAUUGAUCUGCUGCUCAGCUGUUUUACGCACAAGGUUGCCCCAGGAUCUCCUCCAGGUGUUUGGGUUAGCAGUAGUGAUAUGCUUAUUCAGAUUCCUACAGCUCUUGACAUUUCAUGGAGUGGUUUCACUGGGGUCAAAGUGUUGUCUCUUCCAGGUGAUGUGGAAUAUGCAAAGAAUCAUGGAGUAUACCUUACAGACCAUCGGGGUCGUGUGUGUGAUAUCAUCUAUCGUGGUUCUUCAUGCCAGAUUCAGGCCUGCGCAUUGCAAGAUGGAAAGGUCCCUUUGGUCUCUGGAAUUGUGUUCUUUUCCAAGGAUGUGGCAGAGUUAUUACUUCAGACCCAUGUCAUACACCCUCUUGAUGCAUGCACUUACUUAGGGCUGGAUUCUGGAACACCACCUCUACAGUUAUCUCUAUUCUUUGAUAUCCUACUGUGUCUUGCCUGUAAUGUUACACAAGAUGAGUAUUUGAAUGGACAAAGGCAUAGUAACUCAAAAGAACAAGUGGAUGGCACCUUAAGAAAUGCCCGCACCGUGUUGUGGAAGGAAUUACGGGGAAUCCCACUCACUUUAGAGUACAUUCCAAAUGGGACCUACAACUACAUGAGUUUGUCUGGGGAGCAGCACAUUAGGAACAUGACGCAAAGAUUGAGAGAUACCUUGGGAAGGAAUACAACAAAUAUGACGUGGGCACAUGUAGAGAAUCCUCAGUUGUUACAGAAAGAUUGCAUUGUGAUUAACAGCUUUCUGGAAGGAGAUGUUAUUGUGGCUGCAGGCUCUGUAAUUCAGCACUGCCAUCUGCGGGGCCCACUGACUGUAAAGUCUGGCUGCAUCCUGUCUGGGAUCGACCUCCAAUCAUCUAUUAGCCUCCAGGAUUGCACUCUCUCAGAUAUUAUUAUACAAGGGCACUAUGUGAAGCUUGGAGAUGAACGGCGCAGAGUGUUCACAGUCCUUGGACGCCAGGAUAACUUGGAGGUAUCUUUAGCUGACAGCAUGUCAAGUUUUCUGAACAAUAGUUGGACAGAAUUAUUUAAGAGGACAGGAAUUCGGAUUGGUGAGUUGUGGCAGCCAGCUGAAGAUGAGGGAAAAUCUUUAUCUCUAUAUGAUACUUAUCUGUUUCCAGUGCUCCACAUGCAUGGACCAGUGGGUGUGGAAGGUGUGUUAUGGCUUUCUGGGUUGAACAAAGAGGACAGACUCUCACUAUGGAGGGCUGCAUGGCGAAUGUCUAUGCGUGAAAUCCUCAACUGUCUGGACCAGGAGGCAGAGCUUAACUGGAGGAAGGAGCUUUUCUUUCAGACAGCGCGGCUGCAGGCGCAGGACACUCUGAGAAAUAGGAUGAACUGCAGCCUUUGGCCACUUAUCCGGGCAGCUGUGCAAGAGAACCAGCAGAAUGAUCUUUUAGCAGCACUGGAUACAGUGGCUGCCGAGACUCCGCAUCCUGGGGUGGCUGCCCGUACCCUUGCUGCAGUUGCUGAUGUGCUUGGAUGCAUGGCAGAGAGGAAGGGAGGCUUGCGUAGUGGCCCUGCAGCAAACCCUGCAUGGAAUUCUGCUUUUCGGCUUCUAGAGACUGGAGAAUUACAAUCUGGGGUGAAGGCCUUGGCUGCUGAAAGAAAAAACUGGCUUAGCAGGCCUGAUCUCUUGGUUAGAGCUGCACGUCACUAUGAAGCAGCAGGACAAAUCCUAAUCCGUCAGGCUGUUGCAACAGCAAGGGAGUUCAUCAAGAUCGGCAAUUGUGAUGCUCCACCGUUCAAUCAAUGGGUGGAGGUGGAGUGCCCAGCAAGGCUGGACAUUGCUGGUGGGUGGAGUGACACCCCACCAAUAACAUUUGAGCAUGGAGGUGCCGUGGUCAAUAUUGCUGUGCAAGUGGAUGGACGUCGGCCAAUUGGAGCCCGUGCACGUCGAAUCAGAGAUCCUUGCCUGCUGCUGAUUAGCCACAGUGGUAGUCAAGGCCAUCAGGUCACUACAGAGACAAUAUGCAGGACAAUGAAAGAUAUAAAUGAUUACUGCCAGCCUCAUGCACCCAACGCUUUGUUGAAGGCCGCUUGCAUCUGUGCAGAAUUAAUUCAGUUCCCUUCUAAGCAUUGCCUGCAGGAGCAGAUUGUGAACAAUUUUGGAGGAGGAUUUGAAAUCCAAUGUUGGUCAACGCUUCCUCAUGGUUCAGGCCUUGGUACCAGCAGUAUCCUGGCAGGUGCUAUAAUGGCAGCCAUCUAUGAAAGUGCAGGCCGCUCAUACAGCACAGAAGCGCUACUGCAUGUCAUCUUGCACUUAGAACAGAUUCUUACCACAGGUGGUGGCUGGCAAGAUCAAGUUGGUGGUUUAUUACCUGGAAUUAAAAUUGGACGUUCAAAGGCUCAGCUGCCACUCAGGGUUGAAGUGGAGCCUAUUUCAGUGCCUCCUGGCUUCACUGAAACAUUUAAUCAGCACCUCCUACUGAUCUACACAGGAAAGACACGUCUGGCUCGAAACCUCCUACAGGAUGUGGUGAGGAGCUGGUAUGCCAGACUGCCCUUCAUUGUGGAGAAUACAGACCAACUGGUCAAUACAGCUGAAGCAUGUGCAGAAGCCUUCAGACAAGGAUCUCUGACACAGAUUGGCAGUAGUUUGGACCAGUACUGGCAACAAAAGAAAGUAAUGGCCAGAGGAUGCGAGCCUACUUCUGUCAGUGCCAUGAUGGCAGCUCUUAAGCCACUAGCUCUUGGACAAAGUUUGGCAGGUGCAGGAGGGGGUGGUUUCCUUUAUCUGUUAACAAAAGAACCACAUCAAGCUGAUCACGUGAGAGACAUCCUUUCCAAGACAGAGGGUGUUGCUGAUUUCAGUAUCCACCAUGUUGAAGUAGAUCUUCAGGGAGUACUCAUCCAGAAGAAGGAAAGCUGCUUACCUUGACCAUAGAAGAAGCCUCUUUAU